AUGUGUACUCAGGAAGAAGAAUGUUCAUGUAUGGUGACUUCGAUUACUAAGAAAGAAGAAAGGAUAUCACAAUGUAUCAAAUGUCAAGGUCCACCUGCUGUGCUGGUCAGAAAGGAUGAUCCUGCUUUGUGCAAACCAUGUUUCAUCAAUAGUUGUCUUUACAAAAUAAAUUCAGUAUUUGGGAAAUAUGGAUUGAACUCUAAAGGAGGUAAUGUAGCAUUGGCCUUCUCUGGAGGUCAGAAUUCAGCAGCCUUAUUACAACUUGUGUUAGAGAGUUCUAAUGCUCCUAAGCGAAAUAGAAAGUUUACACCAAAAGUAUUUCACCUUACUGAGCGCCAGGAGUCCCUGGCUGAUUUGGAUUUAAUAACCGAUGUAAUGAAAAGCACGGGUUUUGAAUACUACACUAUACCUUUAAAUGAAAGUAAAAUGACAGCAUCAGUGCUGAGCAGUAGACAGAGAUUCGAAGAUUAUUCACGCCUCUCCUUACUGGUUGAUUGCGCCAGGAAACUUGAUUGUCCCUUCUUAGUUUUGGGUGAAUGCGGAAAUAGAGUUGCUGUAAAAUAUCUACUCGAGAUUGUUGAAGGUCGCGGAAACCAUAGCAGCCUACAAACGUCAUUUCUAGAUGAACGUUUCAAGGAUGUAACAAUUGUCAGACCUCUACGUGAUUUCCUUGCUAAAGAAUUAACUCUAUUCGCACAUUUUAUGGGGGUUAAGUCGCUGACACCAAAUGAUCCUUUAACAUCAAUUAUUCUUAAAACUCCGAAUGUCAAUACAUUGGAGAGACUAACACAAGAUUUUUUAGCAUCACUUCAAACGGGAGGAUUCCCAUCGACAACUGGAACUAUUUUAAGAACAUCAUCGAAGAUAGUUCUUGCCAAUGAUGGUACUGAAGUUAUGUGUACCUUCUGUCACUAUCCCAUGUGCGACACAACCUCUUCUGAUAUUGAUCCAGAUAGAACAUCAUCGAAGAUAGUUCUUGCCAAUGAUGGUACUGAAGUUAUGUGUACCUUCUGUCACUAUCCCAUGUGCGACACAACCUCUUCUGAUAUUGAUCCAGAUAGGUUAGCCACAGAGUCGAUGAAACAUUCUGCGUCAUUAUCCAAUCCCACCGGUUGUAGCAAAGAAAUCAUUUCUGAAGGUGUAAAUAAGGCGUCAUUGUGUUACUCUUGUUCAUUAAUGUUUGAAGAGCUUUCUCACUGCACAUAA